UUUUAUGUACUACAUUUGUGUGAAGCUACUUCCGAAAAAUUGUAGUGGGGUUCAAAGGAAAAGUAAAAAAAUGCUGUUUAGACUACAAAAAUACCUUUAGAUCUAUGAUUAGGGGAAAGAGCGAUAUGGCUACUGCAGAGCCUUCAAGAUCACUGCUGCCUGCAAUAACCCCAAGAAUUGCAACAGCUCCUCUUGGAACAAGCAGAUUACAAACAGUUCCAAAACGGUAUGAGGAAACCAAACCAGUUGUCAUUCAGGGCCAUGCACAUCGCAUGAUUAUAGGUAUUGGUCAUGAACUACAGAGACGUUCAAUGGAAAUGUCUGAGGUAGAACGGUUGAGGGGUAUCCGUGAAGCAGAACAAGCUGUUUGGGCACAGGCUGAACAGAUCAAAGCUGAAGCUGUACAGAAAGCUAAAGAAGAAUCUAGGUUAGAUCAAGAAAAAAUGCUGAAAAAGGUCUCAAAAGCACAGGAAAAAGCAUUAAAGGAGGAGGCAUUACGAGUUGAGAUGGCAAUGCAGAAACUUGCAAUAGAACAGGUAAAACAGGAAAGACUGGAAGCUGAACAGAGACUCAAGGAUGCUAUAACAGAAAAAGAGAAAGACUUUUCAAAACGUUUAUCUGAAGCUUUGUCAGAGGUCAGGAAAGAAGAACAGAUGACAGCAGAAAAGAAAGCAGCAGAUGUUGAAAAAAGUCACAAAGAGAAACUAGCAAUAGCACUGAAGAAAGCUGAAACAGAGAAAACUAAAGCAUUGACAGAUCUUGAAGCUGCUAAAAAGAAAGAAAUGACAGAAAAAAUCAGUAAAACAGAAGAAAAUGAAAGGAAGAAGGCUGACAAUACAUUAAAAGCUACAAAACAAAAAUAUGAGGCAGAAAUUGCACAAUUAAAAGGCGAUAUACAGCAGAAAAAAGGAGAAAUUAACAAAUAUUUGAAGAAUAUUCAAGCUUUAGAACUUGCUAAAUUAAAUGUGGAAACCAAAUUACAUGAAGUGUAUACUGGAUAUCAGGACUUUAUCAACAGAGUCCAACCAUUUGAACCAGGCAUGUCAGACUAUUUGUUACAACCAGUUUAUAUUGAUGAGGUUGGCAAAGUGCCAGAACUUUAGAUAUUGGUUGGAUUGUGAAAGACUUAUAUAAUAAGCUACAAAAUAAAGUGUACACAUCUGUCUAAAAUUUAUCUUUCAGAGGCUUCUUUGAAGUGAGUGUAAAGUAUUCUUUAGACUAAGUUAGCAAUAAUCAGUGGAAAUUUGUCUGCCAUAAGUCUUGUGACUAGUUAGAAGUAACAAAUUUGUUUAUUGUGUUUAGUGUUGAAAUUGUAUUUCUCAAUUUAUUCACCUCAUGGCAGUCAAAUUCUUUCCCUUGUCAAUUUGAAUUGCUAUAUACUUCAUAUGUAAGUUGUUAACUAGUAAAUAAACUGUACAUCUGAGAAAAGGCAGUAGAUUGUAAAUCAGAAGUACAAGACACAGAGUAUGAUGAGCAUCUGUAAAUUUUUUAACCAGAAAAAAGGUCAGACAUCUUGAUUUAAGAAUAUAGCUACUUUUAUAACAGAAUUUUACUGCUGAAUGCUUUGUAAGCCACUUUUAUAACAGAAUCUUACUGCUGAAUGCUUUGUAAGCCACUUUUAUAACAGAAUCUUACUGCUGAAUGCUUUGUAAGCCACUUUUAUAACAGAAUCUUACUGCUGAAUGCUUUGUAAAUUUUUGUUUUGAAUAGUGCCAAUGUUUAUGCCUCCUAAGUGCUUACAUAUGAAAGCCAAAUGCAUUGUUAAUUGUGCCUUAGAUGUAUUUCUAUAAAAUGUUGUUGCCAAAUUUUUUUUUUUAUCAAUACAGCAUCCUUUACACUUUUCUAUCUACAAAUUUAGUAGCUUUUGUUGUCAUAAAACAUUAAAAUCUAUGUCACAGUGAUAUUAAGUUUUGUGCCAGUGAAUGUACAAACAUUCUACUGAUUAAGAAUUAAGCUUUAAUAUUUGAUUUUGUCAGGGACUCUUCAGGGAUAAACAUUACUGUGUUUUCACUUACAAUUAUCUUCAAAGCACUUUCACAUGCAUAACAUUAAAUUUUGCGUGCUUAAUGUAGUGACUAUUUGUUAAAAGAUCAUCAUGGUUAUAUUUCUUUACAUUGAAUAGUGAUAUACAUUGUCAACAUUAAUAGUCAUGUUUGGUAAUUUUCACAUAAGUUACUUACCAUUAUACAUGAGUAUAUGAGUAAUAAUAAUUAGUAUUUCAAAUUGGUGUUUAUGUGUUCAGCUGAUAUUCAAAAUUUUUUAAUAUAUAUUGGUUCUAGAAAUUUCAUGCAUUAUGAAUUUGUUAUUGAGAAAACUAGGUUACAAACUUAAUCUUUUGCUUUUGGAAUAAAGUAUUAUUAUCUAAUCUUUUGACACAGAUGUUAUUUUUCACUAUUUCAUAAUAUCUUUUUCAUCUUAUUACUUAUUGUCAUAUAAGAUUGCUCAUUCUACAGGCAAUUCAAACUAACUGUGAUUUAGUAAUUAUUUUUUUUUAUAUUUUUGUAUACACUUGUUGAAGUUUCCAAAAGAAAUUGUUAUAUUACAUUAUACCCAAUCUUAAAAAGGUUGUCACUUUGUCCAACUGGUUGAGUCUUUUUUAAUUUUAUGAUUAGCUCUUUUUAAAAAUUUCAAAGUAGAAACAAAAUUGCUCAGAUUUAAUUCAGCCGAAUCUUAGAUAAAAUCACCAAAAGAAAGCUUGAGCAAUGUUGAUUUCAAAACCUUUAAAAGGUUUUUAAUAUAUUGAAUUGUUCUUGGUAAAAUUCUAAUUUGAAUUAGCAGGUUGCACGGAAAGGAGUUUACACCUGUAUAAGUUUGGGUAUAUAAAAGAACCGGAGCAUAAAUCAGAACUGUAUUUAAUGUACAAAUGUAAAUUUUAGUGUAGAAAUAGUUCUAGCCAAUGGUUGUAGAGGUAAGUAGUUUGUUAUAGGGUGUACGGUUUCUUAUCAGUUGUUCAAGAGCAUAAUUUGUUUGUAGGGUUUUUAAGGCUGAAAAACAUAGGACAAACCCUUUUACUAAAAUAGAUUUGUUAUAAAUAGAAAUAUUUGGGUGAGAUACACUGUCACAUCCUAACAAAAAUUGAUGUUCAUCCAUGCAUGUGGCAAAAUUGAUUCCAGCCAAAAGUAUCAAAAUUUUACCAAAAUUUAGUCAAAAUUAAGAUUUCUAACAUUUAUAAGCACAAUAAUGACAUAAUGCUGAGCGUACAAAUUUUGAGUUUCUCGGAUAGUUUUACACACGUUUUCAUCAAAUGUGUAUUAAAAUUACUAAAACAUAAAUUCAUGGAAUUUUAGGGCCAAUAUUGACCCCUAGUGAACCCUCUCCUCUGAUGCGGGCAUUGGCUGCAAAAAAUGAAUAGAUAUUCUCUCUAUAUAAAAAUUGUGAUUGUAAAAUAAUUAGACUUCAGUAAGAAUUUUACUAUAUAUUAUUUUGAUUAUUCGGUAGGAAAAUACCUGCAUCAGAAUAUGUUUACCAAAUUUAUUUUUGAGAUCUAUAGUUCUAUAUCUUGUGUAUUUUGUUUUUGUCUUGCCUUUUGUUUUAUUCAUCUGCUGCUCUGUAUUGUUGAAGAUUAUAUUGAGAUUCUGUGAUAAAAAAUAUUUUUGUUUUGAA